AUGAAGGCUAUGAAGGCUAUGAAGGCUAUGAAGAAGGCUAUGAAGGCUAUGAAGAUUUCCAAGAUCGCCAAGGGAAAGCGCGCAAAAGUCUCGGUCUUCAAGGGCUACAAGGAGAAGACCUCGAGCGGAAUGACCAAAGACAAGCUGACGCUGAACAAGAAUGGCCGAGUGGUGUCCAAGGCCCAGUCCGCGCUGGCGAAGAAGCGGAACUCGCUGGGGAAGUGGAACAAGGCGGUCUCAGAAGCCCGCAAGGCCUUGGGGAUCAAGGGCUUCUGUGCCGUUGGCGGCAAAACGAAUCAGGGCAAAGCCUUGUACGUCAAGGCGAAGUCCCUCUAUGCCGAAGCCAGCUGA